AUGGGUGCUCUACUGUCAUUGUGCACAGUUGGACAAGUAAGCGCUAUUUUGAAUUUUAGCAUAUAUUAUAUUAUAAUCCUUUUUUUCAUAACAAAUUAUUUUGAUUUUAAGUUGGCUUGUUGUUGUGGUCAAGCGGCGUGUUCUCUCUUUGCAUGUUGUCCGUCAUGUGGCAAUUCUACAUCCACAAAAGUGAUGUAUGGUCUUAUGUUACUCGUAGCAGUCAUUUUAAGUUGCAUCACGCUUGCUCCUGGGCUGCAAUUGUUCUUGCAACACGUUAGAAAGUUUUUUAUACAUUGUGUUACAAUGAAUACCUAUUUAUUAACUUAUUUGUUGUUUAGGUACCAUUUUGUAAAAGUGAAAAUCCAAGUUAUACUAACAAAAUUGUCGAUGGUUUAUAUAGUGCUCCAAUUGAUUGUAAAAAUGCUGUUGGUUACAUGGCAGUAUAUAGAAUUUGUUUUGCUAUGUGUAUAUUUUUUUCUCUCAUGUCAUUAAUUAUGAUGGGUGUCAAGGAUUCAAGAGACAAACGAGCACCCAUACAAAAUGGGUAAUAAUUAAUGACAUGUAUUUUGUUUUAUUGUAGUCAAUGUUUAUUAUUAUUAUUUUUUUUUUCAUGUUAUGAUUAGAUUUUGGGGAAUAAAGUAUCUCAUUGUGUUUGCUGGUGUCUGCGGUUCAUUUUUUAUAGCGCCAGGGAGUUUUAGUCACAUUUGGAUGAUUUGUGGUAUGAUUGGAGGUUUCAUUUAUCUUAUCCUCCAAUUUGUCCAAGUUUUAGAUUCUGCUCAUUCAUUGGCUGAAUCGUGGCUUGACAAAUGGGAACAAACUGAAGAUAAAAAAUGGCAAGUUCUACAUUAAUGUUCAAUGAUAAUUAAUUAAUAUAGUUUUUUGUAUCUAGGUAUUUUGCAUUGUUAAUCACUACAAUUGCAUCUUAUGUGUUGGCAAUUACCGGCAUUGUUAUUAUGUAUCACAGUUAUACCCAAGUAACAAUAAACAUUGCAAUUUAUGAAUUUUGGAUAAUGUAUUGACAUUUAAAUUAUUUUUAGGAUGAUGGAUGCACAUUGAACAAGUUUUUUAUUACUCUGACAGUUGUGAUAUGCUUAUUUAUUAGUUCAAUUUCAAUUACUUCGUGUGUGCAACGUGUUCAUGAGAAAUCUGGUUUAUUGCAAUCAUCUAUCAUUAGUUUGUAUGUGGUGUAUCUUACUUGGUCAGCACUCAGUAGUGGCCCAGGUAAUAUUUGUACACCAGAAAGAGUUUUAUCAAAACAUAUUAUUAUUAUAUUAAAAUAGUAACUAUUCUGUUCCACGAGAUAACAUAACUUGCUCACGCAUCCAAAUUAACAAAUUCUGUCAUCUUGUUAAAUUCUUCCACCACGUGGCCACUGGUGUGUCAACACUAUGACUAAUACGUGAAAACUGAUGAGUUUUAGUUGCUGCCGAGUUAUGUUCUCUUGUGGACCGAAGUAUAGUUUGUUCAAGUCCCUUAUCUUAAAAUUAAUUAUUGUAAAUUGGAGAUUAUUUAUAAUUUCUUGUAUACAAUUUGAAAAUACAUUUUUAAACAAUUUAUUUCCAUGUUAUUAUUUAAUUAUUGUCAUUAUUACCAAGUUAAUAUGCUUAAAAAUAAUUAACUAGUUAAGUUAAAAGUUAUUGUCUAAAGUAAUUAAUAACUUUCAAAAGAUACUUGAACUCAUCAUUGGUCAUAAUUGUUGGUUUUUAUUUAUUAAAUUUUGGAUCUACUUUUUAGAAGAUAAAUGUAAUACAAGUUUGGCAGAUAUUUUCAGUACACCAACUCCUGAUAGUUCAAAAAUACAUUUUGGUUCAGAAAAUUUAGUCAGUAUUGGUAUUUUUGUGCUGUUUGUUUUGUACUCCGCCAUUAAAACUGGAUCAUCUUCUAAAUUCUCUAUGAGUAAUUCCACUGAGAGAAGUGAGUAUCUUGUUUAGUAUUACAUUGUGUAUAAAUAUCCAUUACUUUUUUUAAGGAGAAAAUGUCAAAUUCUAUAUUAUAAUUUGUUUGUUUUAGAUAAUACUUAUAUUUAUUCUUUGGUUGUUAUUUAUUAUAGUAGGUACUGAUAGUGAUCUUGAAGCAGGACAAGGGUCAGGUAAUGAUGAGAACUCUGGAAAAUUAUUUGAUGAUGAAAAAGAAGGAGUUGCAUAUUCAUGGUCAUUUUAUCACUUUACAUUUGCAAUGGCUACUUUAUUUUUGAUGAUGACAUUGACAAACUGGUACUCGUAAGUAUAUAAAAAAACAUAUUUAUAUUUUACAUUUAAAUUAUUGAUUAAUUUAAUUAAUAAGUGUUAUCUAAAAUAUACAUUUAUAUUUCUUUUAACAAGACCAAACUCAAGUUUGAAUAACCUUCACCCAGACUAUGCUUCUACAUGGAUUAAGAUGUUAUCUUGUUGGGUUUGUGCUGGGCUCUAUGUUUGGACAUUAGUAGCGCCAAUUUUAUUACCAGACCGUGAAUUUUAA